UCAUUCAUUCAUUGCAGUAGCGGGAGAUACAGAACCAAAAAGAAUGUCUUCUGGGACUCUUGAGAUGAACUUUCCGAUCACUUCUUCUGAGGACUAUGAUGACCGGCGGAUUACAUUCGAAUUUGCGGUUAUGGUUUUCGUCUACACCUCAGUUCUGGCGGUGUUUCUGAUGGUGAUAGCGUUAUUGCUGAAGUUGAUGGGGUUCUGCGACGGCGGGGCGGUGGCGGAGGGAGGAAUAGCGACGGAGAGUAGCGGGCUGCUGUCGAAAGAGGCGGCGAAGAAAAUGUACGGGGUGUUUGAGGAGGAAGACGAGGAGUUGGGGACAUGCGGUCGGAGCAGUUCGAACGAGGAUCUUUUCGAGGGAAAAGUGUGUGCGAUUUGCUACGACAAAAGACGGAGUUGGUUUUUCGUUCCGUGCGGUCACUGCGCCACCUGCUCUUCAUGUACCAAAAGGAUUAUCGAAGGAGAAGCAAAGACUUGCCCUUUUUGCCGAUGCUUUAUCGAAAGAGUAUCAAGAUUAUUGGUCAAGCAUCCCUGAAGUACCCUACAAGAAAACAAGACUAAGGAGUUUUAAUCCGGUUAAUGAGUCAAGGAAUCGAGUUGUGCGAUGUGGGCCGCCUGGGCUGUUGGGCCCUUCCAGUUUCUAUGGUUUAUGUAAUCCUUGAAACUUGAGAGCAGUCACUUCAUGAAAAAGAAUGGUCUAGUGUGAACGGAGAUUAUUAUUAUUAUUCUCUUCGUAUUCGCGAACGAAUGUGAAGUAUAGUCCAUCGAAUUAAAAAGAUAUUUACUCAGUUGCGACUACGUUUUGUACAUCAUUGAUCUUGUCGCUUGCAAUCUAAUUUAACCGUCGUA